AUGAGCGUUUUGGUUCCUACCGCUGUUUCUACUGUCCCUGUUUCCACAACGUGGGGAACUCCUGUGGAUACGUUGAAGGCCACUGAUAUCCAGUAUGAUGAAGGAUACUCACCAAAGAGUGGACCGCCUCCUCUGAUAAAGACAAGUGAAACACAGCUGGAUUUUGAGGGAGACUAUGCUGUACAGGAGGGUGAUAUCUUGCUACCAACUGACAGGAACUCAGUGAGUGAGCUAUGGGCCGAGUUGGAUGGAAGUUUGUCAGUGCCUUAUGAAAUUGAUUCCGUUAUUGAGGGCAGGACUAAAGACAUUCUUAAUGCCUUUAAUAUGAUCUCCAAGAAGACCUGCGUCAGAUUCCGUCCACAUACUAAUGAAACUGACUAUUUGCACUUUGAAUUGGGAAAUGGGUGUGCAUCUUACGUCGGAUGUAGGGGGGGUGAGCAGCCUCUUCUGAUUGGGCCAAAAUGUAAAGUUGGGAACAUCUGCCACGAGAUCCUUCAUGCCCUCGGCUUUCACCACGAGCAUUCUCGCUAUGACCGUGGUGAUCAUAUCACUAUACUUAAAGGAAACAUUGCCUCUGGGAAAGAGGACAAUUUUUUGAAGAGAAAUGGGAACACCUUUGGUCUGGAGUAUGACCUGGAAUCAAUUUUGCAUUAUGGAAACAAUUAUUUCUCUCGCAAUGGAAAACCCACAAUUCAGCCCAAAGACAGCGGUGUAAUUAUUGGCCAGAGGACUCACUUGUCUGAUCUGGAUGUGCAAAGGAUCAGGAAGCUGUACCACUGCGGUACGUCAUGUGCACUUAUCAUACCAGGGUUAUUAUAG